GCAGAUGUACAGUAUAACCUCAGCCCUUUCCGUCUCUCUCGUUCGUGAAGCUCUGGAUCUUGUGCUAUUCUUGUUCGGCCAAGGUUGGGCGCCUCGAUGACCUCUAAAUCGCGAGCGAGCAAUCAACCCUAAAGGUGUACAUAAGUUUCCUUGCAAAAUUUGUGAAUGCAGACAAAUUCAGCUUUGAUACUCAACUGCAGAAUAUUUUGUGGGAUUGAGCACAGAAUUGCUACUUCGCGUGUCAUCUAUAAUAUCAUGGAUCCAAAUAAUUUUGUUGAUGAAAACUGUAGACUCUAUAUUGGCAAUCUUGAUCUGAGGAUAACAGAGGCUGCUUUGAUUAAGAUGUUCUCUCCAUUUGGAAAGAUUGUUGCGGAGGACUUCUUGUGGCAUACACGUGGCCCCAAGCGUGGGGAACCACGUGGGUUUGCUUUCGUUCAGUUUAGCACCAAAGAGGAAGCUAAACUGGCCAAGGAAAAUAUGAAUGGGAGACUGGCUUGUGGGCGCCCGCUGGUUGUACGUCUUGCUAGUGAAAAGUACUUGGCAGAAGCAACAGAUGGUUCUGGGAGAGCAUUGGGCGAGGCAGCCAAGUCGGGUUUUGCUGGCAGCAGUUCUGGACAGAUGAGCCGAAGCGCCAAAAUUGCAGCUAUAAAAAAUAAAUUGAAGGCCAUGGAGGAAGAAAGCCAUAGCUCGAAGAAGCAGAAACAGGAGAGGAUGGGAUAGGGGCUGGGGCUGGGUUGGGCUGUGCUACCGAAGUAGUAGUCUAAGAAAUCUCCUAAACCAGUAUAGCGUCUACUUCCAUCAGUAUGAUAUAUGUGUCGCAGUUUCUUUGUUUAGGAUUUUUAAGAUGCAAAUAUAUGUGUUAUGUAUGAACAUUGUAAUGAUAUCCAGCAUGGGAUUCUUCA